GACCUACUUAAUCAUAACAUCAGGCCACCUAGCAUCACUUCCACAAUGUGAGUCCCUUUCAGUGAGAUUGUUGGACACUGUAUUGAACGAAAAUGACGCCCAGGAGGAAUAAUUGCUGUGUAGUGCAUUUUUCCACUGUGAUAAAUUGGUCUGUGAUUGUGUUAACAGGGAUUAUAUCUUUGUUUUGCUGGGGCACGUUAGGUGCUAUUCCCUGUGCCAGGCGUGACUUCAGCCAUGGCUCCGUAGUGUGUGUGUGCAAUGCCUCUUACUGUGACACAGUAGACCCCCUGACCUCACUGACCGCUGGCCACUAUGUGGUCUACCAGUCCAGUAAGGCCGGGGCAAGGUUUGCCAAAACAACUGGACAGUUUACAAAGGGAAAGCUUGAGGUCAAUAGUGCAAGCUCUGUGGUUUUGACAAUCAACAGAAGCAAGACAUACCAGACAAUGAAUGGGUUUGGAGGGGCGUUCACUGAUGCUGCAGGCAUAAAUAUUCUCAAUGUCUCUGUCAAAACAAGGACGAAUCUAAUGAACUCAUACUUUUCACCUGAGGGACUUGAGUACAGUAUUGGUAGGAUUCCAAUGGCAAGCUGUGAUUUCUCUACACAUCCAUACUCUUAUGAUGACACUCCCAUGGAUUUCAGUCUCAGCAACUUCAGCUUGACCAAAGAGGACACAAAGUUCAAGAUACCACUGAUACAACAAGCUCAAGCCAUGAACCACCGCAAGAUGAAGUUUUUUGGGAGUCCUUGGAGUGCGCCAUCUUGGAUGAAAACCAACAAGAACAUGAAAGGACGGGGCAGCUUGAUGGGGCAGCCAGGGGGGAAAUACUUCAAAACUUGGGCCCAGUAUUUUGUCAGGUUCAUUCAAGAAUACCAAAAGCAGAACAUUACUAUGUGGGGUAUUACUGCUCAAAACGAGCCAUCUGAUGGUGAAAUCAUCGACUUCCCUUUCCAAGCCAUGGGUUGGACUGCAGACCUCCAGAGGGACUUCAUCAAGACAGACCUGGGCCCAGCCUUGCAGGCAGCAGGCUUUGGCAGCGUGAAACUGAUGAUUCUGGAUGAUAACAGGAUCUGGCUCCCACUCUGGGCAAAGACGGUCCUGUCUGACCAGGUGGCAGCCAAGUAUGUGUCAGGUAUAGGUGUUCAUUGGUACCUGGACACAGAAUGGUUGGUGCCUGCAUCACUGCUCACAGACACCCAUAACCUGUUUCCAGACAAGUUUAUCCUGGCCACAGAAGCCUGUGCUGGCUCCAUGCCCUGGCAGACCAAGGUGAUACUGGGGAGCUGGGAUAGGGCAGAGAGUUACAGUAGGGAUAUCAUAGAGGAUAUCUCUAACUGGGCCAGUGGCUGGACAGACUGGAACCUAGCUCUGAACAUGCAGGGAGGACCUAACUGGGUGAAGAACUUUGUGGACAGUCCAAUUAUAGUCAAUGCUGAACGUGAUGAGUUCUAUAAGCAACCCAUGUUUUAUGUAAUGGGACAUUUUAGCAAGUUUGUUCCACCAGAUUCUGUGCGAAUAGACCUGACAUCAUCUGACAGUAAGUCUUUACUGGCAGUGGCUUUCACAGCUCCUGACAAAUCAACUGUACUGGUCACUAACAACAGACAAAACCAGAAUGUGGCAGUAGUAGUAAAGGACAGCGCAGUGGGGACCCUGACUGUCACUUUGCCACCCCACAGUAUACAGACCUUUGUAUGGCGGACCUAGGAUGGAGAAUAUUAUGAUAUUUAUAACAGCUCUUUGACACAUUUAUCUUAUUUAUUGGGUUUGUAACACUUAACAGUGUCCCCAUCGAUUUAAUCUUUAGAAAUAGUCUUUCAGUACUCUUGUGAAGAGAUCGAGUUACAUGACAUAAUUUUCUUGGGAAAUUGUGGCGCAGCUCUUCCAUUGUUGUGGAAAGAGAAUAUUAGAAAAUGUGCUCAACUGAGAUCUCUUAGGAAAUUUGUUUUUCCUUGUACACUUUGGUCAUAUUUGUUCCAGAAAACUCAGUGUCAAAAAGGUUCAUCUGCUGGUCUCAGAGGUUCCAGGUGUUGUGUUUUUGUCUUUCAUGCCAUUUCAUAGCGUAAUUUGUUUCAUACUGAGAAUUAAGAACAUAGGUAUUAAGUGCAUGUCAUGUACAAUCUACAUCUUCUCAUUCCACUGGUCUCUUCAACUAGCAUACCUCAAAAAAAAAUUCAUGUCCAUUUCAAAAUGUGGCAGUCCAAAGAUGAAAUCUAUAUAGGCAGUUGAUCCGAUUUAAAACUGAAUUUUUUACUUGUCCAAAGUUGAAUUCACUAGUCAUUAGACUUAGACCCCAUUUCCAGAGAUUAGAUUGAUCUACUUUAGAUCGACCUAACUCCCUGGGGGUUCACGCUUAA